AUGAGGCGGCGGAGGAUGUUCCCCCCGUUCAAGGUGCGGGUGAGCGGCCUGGACAAGAAGGCCAAGUACAUUUUGCUGAUGGAUAUAGUGGCGGCCGACGAUUGCCGGUACAAGUUCCACAACUCCCGCUGGAUGGUCGCCGGCAAGGCCGACCCGGAGAUGCCCAAGCGCAUGUACAUCCACCCCGACAGCCCGGCCACCGGGGAGCAGUGGAUGGCCAAACCUGUUGCCUUUCACAAGCUCAAGCUCACCAACAACAUCUCGGACAAGCACGGCUUUACCAUCCUGAACUCCAUGCACAAGUACCAGCCCAGGUUCCACAUAGUCCGGGCCAACGACAUCCUCAAGCUGCCCUACAGCACCUUCCGCACCUACGUGUUCCCCGAGACCGACUUCAUCGCCGUCACUGCCUACCAGAACGACAAGGUACGGCCAGGCAGCCCCUGCCCUCCUGCCCUAAGGUGCUCUGGGCUCAGGAGGAGCCAAAAAAAUAGACAGCUCUCGCUGCCGUCCCUGCGGAUGUACGAGGGGCCCUGCAAGCCCGACCGCGACGGCGGGGAGUCGGACGCCUCCUCCUGCGAGCCCUCGGCCGUGCGCGACGCCCUCCACUCCCCCGUGGGCGCCCUCCCCAGCCCCCUGCGCCUCAAGGGCAGCGGCAGAGAGGAGAAGCCGGGGGCCGACAGCGAUGCAGAGGUGGAGAAGGUGCCCGAGGAGCAGCCGGUGGCAGCGGCCAGCCCCGGCAGGGAGGAUGUGACGCCGCGCAGCAGCCCCCGGUGCCCGGAGGAGAGGAGCAAGGAGAGGCGCAGCCCGGAGAAGGUCAAGGAUGGCGCGUCCUCCCGGGAGGGUCCCGGCGAGGGCCUGUUUGGCACACGGGGCCUGGAGAAGGAUAAGGUGGAAGGACGGAGGAAAGAGCCGGACCCUGGCAAGAAGGACGCGGAGGGCGGUGGGCUGGGCAAGGAGGCCUUCGCCCCGCUGAUGGUGCACACGGACAGCCCCCCGCACCUGAGCGCCGGGCACCUGCAGAGCCUGGCGCUCUCCGGCCUCCACGGGCAGCAGUUCUUCAGCCCCUUGGGCGCCGGGCAGCCCCUCUUCAUCCACCCGGGACAGUUCGCCAUGGCUCCCGGCGCCUUCUCCGCCAUGGGCAUGGGACAUUUGCUGGCCUCGGUGACCGGUGGGGGCAGCCUGGAGAACGGAGCCCUCUCGUCCGCCCCGGGCACGGCAGGGACGGCCACCCCCUUCCCUUUCCACCUCUCCCAGCACAUGCUGGCCUCUCAGGGAAUCCCGAUGCCCACCUUCGGCGGACUCUUCCCCUACCCCUACACCUACAUUCCUCCCAGCACCAACCUGCUGACCACUGGCCUGCCCGCCAGCCUCAACCCCGGCUCCGAGGGCUCCAAGGCCGGCAGCAGCCGGGAAUCCAGCCCCCUCCCCGAGGUGCCCCUGCACAAGGGGGGCAGCCAGCGCCCCGCCGCCUCCCCCAAGGGCUCCCUGAAGGAGUCCCUCAACGAACUGCAAAACAUCCAGAGACUGGUGAGCGGGCUGGAGAGCCAGCGGGAGCUGUCACCUGGCAGGGAAUCCCCCAAGUGA